CCGUUCGGUGUGUCCGUUGCCAUUGGAUCAUGCGUUACAUCGCUGUGAAGCACCGAGAUGAAGAAGAUCUGCAUGAUGUUUUGGUGCUAUUUCGCUGACUGUACGAUGCAACGUCGCGUAACGCUACCGGAGCGUGUCAGCUGAACUGGAGUAUGAAUGUGUGUGCGGGAUUUUUGGGUGGUAAGUUGGAAAGUUUUGAUCGAUUGCAAUGAUGAUGGAGAAAGAAGACACAUGUCCGGGCGAAGUAUAAAAGCUAGCCCGUAGCUCAGUUUCAAGCAUCAUCCAACAGACGAUCGUUGUACGGAGCAGUUGAUCAGCAGUAUUUUUGGAAAGGCAAACAUGAAGGCGUUCAUUGUGUUCUCUAUGGCCCUGGCCCUUGCCAGCGCGGCGGCAGUCGACGAUUCGAAGAAGGAAAAGCGUGGACUUUACGAGCUGGAAUCGGCACAUGAAUCUUACGAAUCGUACGACCAUCAUCAGCCACUGAACUAUGGAUACACCAAGAAGGAGAUCAUCACGAAGAAGGUGCCGGUUCCGUACCCGGUGGAGGUCGAGAAGCACGUCCCAGUUCCGGUGAAGGUCCCGUACCCAGUGAAGGUCGAGAAGGAGGUCCCGUUCGUGGUUGAGAAGAAGGUCCCGGUGUACAUUGAGAAGAAGGUGCCAGUUCACGUUGACCGUCCAUACCCGGUGGAAGUCAAGGUCCCAGUCCAUGUCCCGGUCUACAAGAAGGAAUACGUCGAGGUCCCGAAGCCAUACGCAGUUCAUGUGGAGAAGCCUUAUCCAGUGUACGUGAAGCAGCCCGUCUACGUCGAGAAGCAGGUUCCAGUGACCGUCCACAUCAAGGAGCACCACAAGAAGCCGUACUUUGGUGCAUUCAUCGUGUUCUCUAUGGCUCUGACCAUUGCUUGCGCAGCGGAAGCCGACGACUCCAAGAAAGAGAAGCGCGGACUGUUUGAAGAAUCUUACGACAACUAUGGCUACGAUAACUACGGACUCGGUUACUCCAAUUAUGCUGAGAAGGAAGUGAAGCACAUUGUCACCAAGAAGGUUCCGGUUCCGUACCCAGUGGAGGUCGAGAAGCAUGUCCCAGUUCCGGUGAAGGUCCCAUACCCAGUGGAGGUCGAGAAGAAGGUCCCGGUCGUCGUUGAGAAGAAGGUCCCGGUGUACGUUGAGAAGAAGGUACCAGUCCAUGUGGAUCGCCCAUACCCGGUGGAAGUGAAGGUCCCAGUCCAUGUCCCGGUCUACAAGAAGGAGUAUGUUGAAGUUCCGAAACCGUACGCAGUUCAUGUGGAGAAGCCUUAUCCGGUGUACGUCAAGCAGCCAGUGUACGUCGAGAAGCAGGUCCCGGUGACGGUUCACAUCAAGGAACACCACAAGAAGCCGUACUGGGGUUGAAAAGCUUUCGUAACCCAUUCCCAAAUGCCUGUAAGAGACGAAUGAUGCCAAAAAUAUAAUUCUUUACCUGAAAUAUGCAAUGGAAAUAAUGGUGGUUUUGGUUUCCAAUUAUGGUGCAUC